GCUAGCCACUAACCUGUCAGUCAGUCGAACAAAAAGCAAAAUAACAACAACAACAAUUUUGCGUCAACCACAUUGACCACAUUAAGAUUGGGCCAGACACAAUUAUUCACAAAAAAUAUUUUAUGGCACUUCGCUGACUUCACUCUUUUGCUUCGUUUAGAUCGUUUAGAUCUGGUCUUGGAGCGAACAUAAAAAAUAAUCUGAACAGUUUAAGCUAUUGACUUAAACUGCCAACCAUGGAUUUCUCCACGACGAUGGAAAUUUUUGUCAGCAAUUAUACAUUAAUCGACAAUGAAAUAUACGAACUCUGGGUUGAAGGAGUAUCAGCGAUUGAAGCUGUUUGCCAGUUGAAAGGAAAAGCACUUCUCCAACAAGGAUCCAAUGUUGAAAUGUUACAAAGUGAAAUUGAGGACCACUACAGAACGUACAGUCUUUUAGAACGUCUUCUUCAUAAUCCAGCAAAGAUCAAGGACCACCAACUAGAAUUUCAAAUAGAGCCGCAAAUAAUGAGCAUGCUUAUCCAAAGAUACUAUAAGUUUGAUGAUGCAGUUUAUCGGGAUAUUCUAGGCAAGAAACUCUCAACCAGAAACAGAAAGGACUUGGAUGACUUGAGUGAGCGCACUGGAAUCAAUAUUCUGUCGUGUAGACGCCAGUUCGACAAUGCCAAACGAGUUUUCAAAGUGGUUGAGGAGAUGCCUGGAUUAGUUGUCAAGAACAUCAUUGACAACUUUGCCUUGGACAAAGAAUUAGCAAAGAGUUACGCCACAGUCGUGUUCCUAGGAAGCUUGAGAUUUGACUGUACAAAAAGAAAAUUGCAGUACUUGUCAUUCCAAGACCUGUCACACUGCGCCCACGCAAUAAUGGCGAACUGGACUUGCAAAGAACAGGGACCAGAACAAGACGACACUGAGUUUGACAGAGAAUUUCUGCUCGACCUGAAGGACCUGCGCGUCAUGCUGGACAAGGACAGAGAGCACAAGCAUUUCAGCCUGGUCUGCACCAAAGUAAAGCCUCAAAUGCUUGAAAAAGUGUUUCAAGAUGUGGAGAACAACUUCAAAACCUACACCAGGGCAAUUUUGGGGAUCUCGUGUGGACUGCACAGAAGCAGAGAAAUGAGAACUUUGUUCAUCGACAUGGUGGAGAAAUGUCUGGAGCCCUGGUACGCCGCUCACUGGUCAAGAGCCGACCUCUCCAUCUUCCUUGAAGCUUACACCUACUCUGCACUAGAAAUGGAUGCGUUGAGGGAAGCCGAAUUGCGACAAUCAUGGGAGCGUUGUAUGAAAGUCCUGUCUACCAGUCUCAUUUGCCUGCACAAGGAUAAAAAAGAGAAGAAAUAAAACUUAAGCUGCAUAUCCCAAUGUAUGGAAUUUUACAAACUCUGGUAUCUAAUAGACUUCCCCCUGAAUUUCAACGUGAUAGAUUAAUUUGCUCUUCUGUCUGAUAUUAGUAGGGUUGAUGAGUUCUAGUCUCCAAAUUAGAAUAAAAUAAAAUAUAUGCGUUGUAUGUUUGUAAUAAAGUGUUAAUAUAAAUUUA